UGAAUCUUCAUCAGGUACCUGAAAGUUGCAGGAAAGUUCAUCAAUGGAGUGAAGGCAGAAAAUCACCUGGUAAACAAAAGAAACAGGAAAGUUGACUCAGCUUGGUAUCGUAGUAUAUAAUCUUAACUAGGUAGCUAGCUUGAAGGUCUCAAGUUAGAGGUAAAAAUGGUGAAGAUUGAGAGAAAACCCUCACAAACUCAAGCCCAUACCGGCGGAAAUAUAGUCACUGUUCUUAGCAUCGACGGUGGUGGCAUUCGAGGAAUUAUUCCGGCUGUUAUCCUCGCUUACCUCGAAACCCAACUUCAAGAGUUGGAUGGAGAAGAUGCGAGAUUGGCAGACUACUUCGACGUGAUCUCCGGGACAAGCACCGGCGGCCUUGUGACGGCCAUGUUGACGGCUCCCGACGAGAAUGGGCGCCCCCUUUAUGCAGCUAAAGAUAUUAAGCCUUUCUACCUAAACAACGGUCCCAAAAUUUUCCCACAAAAGGGAGGAUGGUUUGGUGAAAUAUGGGUGUCGAUUAGAUCCGUGUUUGGCCCUAAGUACGAUGGCAAGUACCUGCGUAGUCUCCUGAAGAAGGAGUUGAAAGACAUUCGGUUAACAGAUACUCUUACUAACGUUGUUAUUCCCACUUUUGACAUCAAGAAUCUGCAACCUGUCAUCUUCUCUACUUACCAGGCUAAAAGAUGCCCAAAAAUGAAUGCUUAUUUGUCAGACGUUUGCAUUGGCACUUCAGCCGCUCCCACAUACCUUCCUGCUCAUUAUUUCAAGAUUCAAGAUCCCAAACAUGGAACUGAACCGCCCAGAGAAUUUAAUCUUAUAGACGGCGGCGUCGCUGCAAACAAUCCGACAUUGGUAGCCAUGUGCCAAGUGACCAAACAGAUUUUGGACAACAAACCAGACGACGACGAAUUCUCCCCCAUGAAUCCCAUAGAUUCCCCCAGUUUUCGUGUGAUAUCUAUAGGGACAGGAGCUGCUAAAAAUGAGCAAAAGUAUGAUUCAAAACAGGCAGCCAAAUGGGGUAUUCUCAGCUGGUUAGUGCACAAAACCUCAACGCCAUUGAUCGAAGUUUUCAUGCAGUCCAGUGCAGAUAUGGUGGAUCUGCAUAACUCCGUCGUCUUCCAGACUCUCGAGUACUCAUGUGAAAAUCGUUAUCUCAGAAUUCAAGAGGACGAUUUGACUGGAACACUAACUUCUGCGGAUGCAGCCACUAAGGAAAAUUUGGAAAAGCUGGUGGAAAUUGGGGAGAAGCUGCUGAAGAAGCCAGUUUCCAGGGUGAAUUUAGAGACUGGUGUCAGUGAACCAAUUCCACAUUCUGGCACAAAUGAAGAUGCUCUCAAAAGGUUUGCAAAGUUACUAUCAGAUGAAAAGAGAUUUAGAGAAUCGAAGUCGCCAAUUAUGAAUUGCCAAAGUAAUGCAUGCAAUCAAUGAUCUGAUAAGGCCACUGUAUCCAUGCUGUUUUCCGGCCAGCCUUGUAAUCUAGAGGAGAUAGAGGUGGGCGCGGUUCGGUUCGAGUGACACUUGACACCCGAAUUUUAUUUUAGAUAUUUGAAAAUUUUGAGUGAUGUUUUUGACACCAAAUAUCCGAAUUAAAUUUAAUUCAGAUAUAUUCAGUUUGGUGAAA